UGACCUGGUUCAGUCAAACUUUCCAGUUUCGCCGCACCAGAGACUUCUGAAGACACACUCUAGCUUUGAAAGCACAAUCGUGACGACUAGAAUUCUUACCUAGCUUUCACAGGAACGCAGCACAAUCGAUCUUCUGUCUCUUUAAAAGCCAUGACCUAUGUGGGUCAUUGCCUCUUUAAGACAGUGUUGGAAGAAACCACGUGAGAAAGCUGUCGGGGGAGCAGACGCUCCAAGAUCCGAGCUAGCUUGCAUUUGUGACGAACAGGGGAUUGAUUUACACCUUCAGGACAUUGUUAGAAAAUUGAUCAUUCCUAUGCUGUGUGAAAUUUAAGAGUGGGGAUUAGGCGGGUUCUGCAAAUAGUGACAGCGCCAAGCCACCGCCCGGCUCUCCAACGCUACUUGGAUGCUUCCGGGUGCGGCUCCACCCCUGGGGUCCACGUGGUGGGCAGCGUUCCGGGCAGGUCCUGCGUGGGCUCCUCCAGAGUUGGAAUGGAAGGUACUCCGGCCUGCGGGGCCACUCGGUUCUCCUGCCCUUCCCACUUCACGGAGAUGUCUCCAGACGCGGAUCCCCCCCGUUUCUCCUUGGAGGCGCUUACAGGUCCAGAUACAGAACUGUGGCUUAUCCGAGCUCCUGCAGACUUCGCCCCACAAUGCCUCAAUGGGCGGCAAGUGCCUCUGUCUGGCUCCAAGACUGUUAAGGGCAAACUGGAUGGCAAGAAGCACCGGUACCGGGUCUUUACCAGCAGCCCCCAGGCUGGAGAAGCCACCUUGCUCGCAUCUUCAUCGGAGGCAGGUGGCAGACUCACCUGUGCCCCCGCGCCCAAAGGGAACUUAAGGAUCACGGAGGGUCCUCAGGAAUAUCUUAUCUCUCGGGUCCCCCUGCAGCCUAUCCCCACAAGCCUUCCACCGCAGAUCCCUGCUGGCCUGCGGCCUCGCUUCUCUGCCUUCGGGGGCAGCCCUCCCAUCACAGGGCUGGGGUCAGCCUCAGCUCUGAGGUCACCCACUUCAGGGAAGAAGAAAAAGAAGAGAAAGGGUACAGAGGCCUCAGACCCGCAGGAGGCUGUGAACAGGUACGGAAUCGUGGAAGUGGGAACAGCCUGGGGUGACCUAGGAAUGGAUGUGAAGAAGAAAAAGAGGCAUCCUGUGGGGGAGGGGGAGAUGGAGCCCGUGUCAGAGCUGCCAGUCCCAUCUACCACCAGCGGCAAGAAGAAGAAGAAGAAAUCCAAGGGGGCAGAGUCAGUCCAGGCAGAAAGAGAUCUGGGACACACUGAACCUGUGGCUCAAACAGAGCCUCCUGAGGGAACCUUCCUGUCCUCCACCAAAAAGAGAAAGAGGCAGAAGGAAGCUGAAGGGACAGAGGAAGUGGACGGCACCAUGGCUGGCUCCCAGCCACAGGUCGCCGUGGAGCCCCGUGAGGAAGCCAUCCUACUGUCCCCUACAAAGAAGAGGAGGAAAGAAAAGAGACAGAACUUGGUGAGGGAGGCAGAGAUGGGGCUCCCUGGAGUGCUUGUGGAGACCGGACUCUCAGAACAUGGGCGGCAGGCUGAAGUAGCUCCUGUGUCCCCCAAGAAGACUAAGAAGAAAAAGGAAAAGUGGGUGGAUGAGGCAGAGGUGACAGAGGCUGCACUUGAGCCCCAGGGAACUCUAGCACCUGGCAAGAGAAAAGAGAGAGGACAGAAAACACCAGAGUCUGAGGUGACUGACCCAGGACAGUCUGAGGAACCAGAGCCCAGGGCCAGUCAAAGAUCCCCCAAGAAGAAGAAAAAGAAGGAUCAGGAAAGCAGGGUGCAAGACACUGCUCCCCACUGAGAGAUGUCUCCCACAGGACGGGAGAAGAAGGAAGCAGCAGGAGCCAUAACGAGCCCCUGGGGAGGGGGAAAGGGAGGAAGUCGCAGGGCUGAAGUGGAAAUCGGCAAACACGCACACCACAGGCACCGGGGCCCGGCAAAUGCUUUAUUGUGACACUGGGCUUCGGUGGCAGCAUCAUCUAGGCACUUUGAGGAAGGGUUCAUGUAGUACUUCAAAGAGCCUGCGAGCCUGAGGGCAAGAGGAGAAGUCGUCAUUAAAGAUGCUGUGCUGCUGUUU